AUGAGUUUUGCCGAGUCUUAUGUUUUGGCCUCUAAGGUCAGAUCCAAGCUUACAAAAGAAGCUGCCAACCCAAAGACUUCAUUGAGAAGUCUAGUCCUUCAAGCAAACAUGUUGGACAACUUGAUGGACCACAUUGCCGAACAAGCUGAGAAGAAGAAAGCAUCCAAGGUGUCGUUUGCUGUUCCAGAAAAACCAACUCCCGUUACUAUUUCCAGAGGCAGAGGCCCAUUGGUCACUGAAUAUGAACUCGAAUCCGACUCCGACUCAGAUUCCGACUUCGACUCAGAUUCUGACUACGAUUCUGGAUCUGAAUCCGAAGAUUAUGAAUUUGGCCAAUUUGCCGAAUCUGAUGAGGAAGAUGAUUACUACUAUUCCUCGGAUGAAGAAGAUACCGACGUUGUACAGUCCUCGGUUGCAUUGGCAUCAGUUAAAAACUACAAGAAGCUCCCUGUUAUCGAUUUGUCUGGCGGUCACGAUCUCCUGGUGAUUUUUGAAGAGCAAGAAGAUGGGCUUCCGGAAUUGAGCCGUUCUACUUCUGAUUCCGAAUCCGAAGACGAGGUCGACAUGCCAAACUAUUCCAUUUCCACCAAAGCCAAUGCUCACAAAAUCACAAGUGAAGAGCUCUUUAAGAGCCACGGCCACCUCGAGGUGGAAGAUCCCCAUCGUCACCAAAGACACAAUGCUAUCUAUUCGAUGGAGCAUGUGUUUUAA